AUAAAAAACCAGCAGCCCACCAGUCUCUUUCGGGUGUUCUAGCUAUUUACUGAAUAGACUUCGGGCCCCAUUACGGGUCCUGGCCACGGAGGCCUCCCUUCGCUCAAGGCAAAUCGCGAGCAGCCCGGCUGUUCUGGCCCCUAACAUACUUUACAUAGGAGAACUAUGGUAUGGUAACGAGCUAUGCAGAUUGCCCCCUGUUCUGCCACACGGACACAUUUACCGUCAGCAGACAUGAAAGCAGCUUUCUAGAUGCACCCCAUCAUUCCGCCCAGCAAGAAUCAGUUGACCUUCCCAGAGUCGUACAAGGCCGAAAAUGGCCCACUCUAUUUCUUUUUUCUUUUCUUCUUUUCUUCUUCAUCCUUUCGUGUGGAUACGCAGCAAGACUACGACCAUGGUCCGAUCAGUCGAUGACGCAAGCCCACGCUAUCGGUAUUGACCGUAGUGCUUACCAAUGGUAUAAAAUCUGUCGAUGGACCUUUUUAUUGGCCGGGUAUAUACAAUUUUGCCCUUGGGAGGCGAUCCGCGCGAGUAUCCACUGGACAAAGAUGCGCCAUCCAUCGGUCUUGCCUUCGCCUCCCCGUGAAUGGACGCCAAAGAAUCAUCCAGGAAAAGUCUUUGCAAACAGCACCCAAUGCCGAACACAAAUGCUUGAGACAUAGCCAAUCGGGUCUUUUCCGCGAAUCGCAACAGAUUCGGGGAACCCCUAGUCCUCCGUCCGCAGAAGGGCUCCAUGGAGUUGAUCAUACAAUUUGUGUGGUCCACUGUUCAUCUACGGAGACCGG